AUGGCCAUUGGUAAUGAUCGUGAUGUCUACAUAUUCUCAAUGAACAAAGAGCAUUUAGUUGUUCAAAACUGUAAUGCAGGUUUAUCAAGCAGUAGUCAACAUAGCUUUGCAUUGCUGCUGUGGCCUCAGUGGGUUCAGAUAUGGUCUGGUGUUGUAUUAGCAUAUCAAUUCUCCACGGCAGUGCUGGCUGAAGAGGUUUCAGAGCUUAUGGUGCAUGAAGGCCAUAAUGGUAUAUUGGAGUGUCCUCUUGACAAUCUCAACACGACGAUCGGGCAACUGUCAUAUGUCUGGUAUUAUAAUGAUAAGUUGAUCGAUGAGGAUAAUGAUGCUUUUGAGUUGGAUGAGACUAGAAGACGUCUAUUCAUACUGAAUGUAACAAAAGUUUAUGACUUCAGCCGAAUCAAGUGUUCGAUUGGGAACACAACUAAAGUACAUGAAUUUAUGAUUCGUGUAAAAGAACGUCUGGUUCCUAGAAUUCAUCUAAAUGAGACAUCUUAUACAAUAUGUGAAGGGAGACAAGUCGAUUUACCUUUACGUGUGGAAAACUUUGACGGUAUACUUCCAGAUAUGGAGGUUCUCUUGAACGACAAAUCUGUUCCUAUGUCCUCGUGGUCUUACAACCACACAGGACGGCUAUUUAAACUACUUCCAACAUCUAAUAUGUCCUUUGCUGGUGGAUGGUCCAUUAUUGUAAGGAACGAGAGAGAUGAAGCGAUGGCUAAUCUUACUAUUGAAACGGAAAAGUGUUGCUGCAUUCUAGACAUUGAAUUGGACAACCAUUGCACUACAGAAUGUCCUAAUAAAAAUGGAUCGAUUUCAAGUUUUGGAGAAGGAAAACGCGUGCUUUUCUGGAUCUUAAUAGCCACCUUGUUUAUCUUAUUUCUUAUUGGAUAAACUGGAAGGUGUAGAAGGGAGUUGCAUUGACAGCCCAUACUCUGAUGAGUCUGAUCGAUAAAUGAAUUUUAGUGCAAUGCUUUGAAAUUGGAACACAAUUUUCUGGGAUAGCGGAUUUAAAAUGUGUGAAACGUGAUUGAACCACAUUGUGUAGACUAUAUGAAC